UCGCAUACGUUUCUCGGAAUAAAUUCAAGAAUCGAGCCUCUGGUUUCGACUGCCAACGAAAAUCGCGCGUCCAUUCCGUUGAGCAUUUAGCAGGGAGCUUGCAUAAGCAUAUACAUAACGAAUUUGAUUGGUGACCAUUUCCUCGUGCAUUUGCUUAUAGACCAAUCGAAUUCGUUAUGCAUAUGCUGACGCACUUAUGCAAAAGUGUGUGCUCUCCCCGCUUUCGACUUUAUGAGGAUCGGGUAGACGCGUGCGCAGAGGGAGUGAAACGAUCGACAACUCCGAACUCCGGCUCUCCGGCCCGGCGUCGAGUUUGUUGUCAUCGCGCGAGAUUCGACGUUCGACCUGCGUUCCGAGGAUUCCGGUUUGAGAUUCACUCUGCAGAACAUACAUUAUGGCUGUCUGACAAUCGUUCUAACGCUCCGUCGGAUACGAAGGGACGUACAUACAUACUAGCUCGCAAGUAUCGCGACCCGCUGCAAAACAGCUAUACUUUUAGUAUUUUGCGAAUACGCACGUAACAUGCUUCUAAAAGAAAUGUGCAACAACGCCUAGAGGUGACGUCGACGAGUACCAAAAUGAGUAAGAUGUGUAAGCCUGCGGCUGCUAAGAGCAGAAGUUUAGGAAGUUGCCAACAAAUUUCGAAGGCCCACACUACAGAACAUAAGCCGCAUGUCGCAAAGGCUCCUUCCGAGCAAGUGAUACUGCUCAGUCCAGGCGAUGAGAUAGCAUUGGCGAUAACAAGGAAUAAAGGUAAAAAGCGUACUUCACCCGUAGCAAGUUUUAGCCCUGGACAGAAAGCUGAAAAGAAAAGAUCUACUACUAACGAGAGUGAACCUCCGAAACAAAACUGGGUCAAUGUUCUUACGCAUAAUUCAAUGCCUAUAACAAAGGAUAAGCCUUCUAAACGUAGUGAAGAUAGAGAAACCAUAAAGAAUACAAAUACUAAAAAGCAACAGAAAAGUACAGUCAAACAUCCCAUGAAAUCAGGGGAGAAACAUUCAAAAGCAUGCUGUCCAGCAUCUUCAGUUCUCGUUAAGGAUUCUGCUGUACAAUAUCCUGAAAUAUAUAAUCCCAAACUUACUGAAUUUAAUUCAACAAGUUAUACACUUGUUAAGGCAAACAUGCUAGCUUUAAUAAAACAGCUACAAGAUUUAGUUAAUAAGAAGGAUAAGAGAAUAUGUGAGAUAUUUGCCGCAAUAGAAGAAAUAUUGCAGAAAAUACCGGAUCUAGAAACCAAAGAAGAUUCCAAUGCAGCUUCAUUAAAGGACUCUAAUAAAACAAUGAAUGCCAUGCGUGAAUCAUUCAUGUUUGAACGAGAAAAAUUGCAAAGUAAAAUUCUAAAGCGAAAUGAACAACUAGAGGAAGCUGAUCAAAAAUAUUCAAAUUUAGAAUCUCGUGCAAAGAUACUUGCGCAUCAAUUGGAUGAAGCAACUCGUGAAAAAAGCGAUAUGACAUCAGUGGUCACUAAGUUAAGACAACAAAUUGAAAACGACGAAAGAAUCAUUACAGAUUUAAGGACAGAUCUGAAUACACAAACGAAACUUGCGGAGAAAAAUUUCCUUGAUAAUAAACGUCUAACGAUGGAAAUAGAUAAACUUUCAGUAUUAUCUGCUUAUAAGGAAACACAAAUUAGCAAUUAUCGAAGUACAGUAAAAGAGCUACAAAAUCAGAUUGCAAAACAGUUGACAAAACUGAAUGAAAUAUGUAUGAAAGAAGGAAGUAUAAGUCCUACAAUAUCAAUUGUCAAUACAGGACGCGCAUGUUCGACUCCUACCUCAAGUUUUUCUGAUGACUCCAAUAAAUCGCCUGAUUUAUUGAACGUUGUUUCAAUGAAUUCCAUUUCUGACAAACAUACUCUAAAACAAGACGCGCCUGUCAAAGAUGAUUUCGUUAGUUUACUUGAUGGAGAAUCGUCACAUUCAGUAAUGCCGGAUCAAAAUGAAGGAUCAACAAUGGAAAGUAAUAACGAAAAUAAUACUGUUGUUUACCAACCUGUGGACAGGAACGAUGUGACUGCGAAAAAAUCCUUGCGUCGAAAAGAAAAUGAUAUAUACGAAAUUAGAAAACUUAAGGAAAAACAGAAUGACAACGCCAAAAAUUUGUUUCUUAAUGCGUCGAAAGCUCUUGAAAGCAUUGUGUCUACCAAAUCAACAGUUUCUGACACAAGAAAGCAAGGCGAUAUGCAAAAUAGAAAACCUGUUAAUGUACCCAGUCCAUUACAGGACUGUCCACAACCUGAUUGGAGCGACAGCAGUUUACCUAGCGUUAGUACAGUCUCCAACUUGGAUACUGCGCCUUCGAAUGAUGUUAAAUAAUUGUAUACUUAAAGUUGAAUGAUGGCUAACACUGGAUUAUCAAACAUCCCAUGUGGGAAUUUUAGCAUAAUUCCUAUUCCGAAAAUUGACUGAACAUGUACAUAGUUUUUAUAUCUCGUUGCAAUACUGUGAUAAACUCUCAUGGUGCACAUUUUACUUAAAUAACGAAACUACUUGGUCGCGAUUUAUUUAAACAUUAUUAAACACAAUUUGCACAUACAUUCCUCUUAAAGCAAAAUUGUAAUAUAUAUCUUGCACAAAUAUUGUCAAAUUUUCACGUUGUUUUAUAUUGUUUAACGCUAAGACAUAAAUUUAAUAAGAUCGUAAAACUCAAAUUGUAAAAGUAGACAGUCAAAAAUAUAUUUUUCUGUAAAUAUAUAAAACUUUUAUUUGCAAAUUCGCUUGUAGCUCUCACGGUAUCGAGAUUUUGACAUAUAACCUGUAUUAUUACGAAUUAACUAUGCAUAUAAUAUGUUUCAACAUAUACAUUUGCUUUACGGAGAACAGGUCACGAAUAUAAAUUUUACGCACACAAGAGAACAAGAUGUGUAUAUAUAUAGAUAUAUAUAUAUUUUUUUAUCACAUAUGUAUAUAUACAAGUAAAGUAUAAUACUUAUAAUAUUUUGUAAGUCUUAAUAGGAUUAAAAGGGAACAUUUUAAUACACGUAAAA